AUUAUCCAAAAUAUAAUGAUGAGGGGAAAAGGAAUAAAAUUUAACUUUGAUUUACUUGAGAAAGAAAGUAUAAAAGUACUGAACGUGAAGGAGUAUACAAUCAUUUUCACUAUGAACUUUCUUUUCUGUUUUGUCAUUAGAAUUAGCAAAAGUCAAUUUAGAUUCCCGAUACAUGCUUUAUUCCAGCGGGUGGCGGUAAUGCACCUUGUUUGCUAACCGUCAUAAAACACCAAGAAGAUGAAAGAAAAGAAUAUUUACGACAGUUUUGCUCACAUUGCGGCGACUAUUUUGCGACAACGGCUUCGUUGACGGUACACGUGUGUAUCUUCCAGUCCCCUCCAGUGGUUUUUACUUCACCAUGGCGAAAGUCUCUAAGAGGAAGAACGUUUGUAAAAAGAAGCUUAAAAAGGGCUUCGAAGUUACACAGAAGAGCGCAGCGGUGAAGCCACAUGUGGUCUACGACGACUGCGAAGAGGAGGAGGUUUUAAAUGAGGCAGAUGAAAACAUCACCAGCGAGGAAGAGGAGGACGACAACGAUGAACGCAAACGCCAAAAGCUGCUGGAGGCCAUCAGCGCUCUCGGGGGUAAGAGGAAGAAAAAGCUCGGGGAGAGAUCCGAGGCAGCCGUCCAGAUGUCUGAGUUUACGGUCAACGCGGAGGGGGAGGGCGACAAAAUCGACCUGUCGGACCUCAUCGGUACCAUGGACAAUAACUCCUCUGUUCCAGCCAAGACCAAGAAACAGCUUAAGAACUUACAGCAGACUAAAAAGACCAUUGAGUGUCCCCUCAGCAAGCAGGAGAGUGAGAGGAUCCUGAGAGAUGUUACUUUUCAGAAGGCAGCGACAGAGGUGUCCCGAUGGAAAGGUAUCAUCAGACAGAACCAAAGGGCCGAGCAGCUGGUCUUCCCCCUGAACCAGGAGCCCUCUGGCCCCAAACCCAUAGAGAGGGUGGUGACCAGCUGGAGGGCGCAAACCCCGCUUGAGCAAGAAAUUUUUGCCCUUCUGUCUGCCAACAAGCAGCCUAUCAAUGACCCCAUCCUGACCCCUGCUGAGGAGGCAUCUCUGAGGGCGAUGAGUCUGGAGGAUGCCAAGAUCCGCCGCGCCGAGCUGCAGAAGGCCCGGGCUCUGCAGUCCUACUACGAGGCUAAGUCCCGGAGAGAGAGGAAGAUCAAGAGCAAGAAAUACCACAAAGUGCACAACAAGGCCAAGCGUAAAGAGUUCCUGAAGCAGUUUGAUGAGAUGGUGAAGACAGAUCCAGCUGCUGCCUUAGAGGAGCUGAAUAAGAUGGAGCUGGCCAGGAUGCAGGAGAGGAUGUCACUGAAGCACCAGAACAGUGGAAAGUGGGCCAAGUCGAAGGCGAUCAUGGCCAAAUACGACGAGGCGGCUCGCAAAGCCAUGCAGCAGCAGCUGGAGGUGAACAAAGACCUGACCCAGAAGCUGGUGAUAUCAGUAAAUAAUGAGGAAGAAGAAGAGGAGGAGGAGGAAGCAAGCCAUGCACAGCUGAUGCCUGAUUUUGUGAAUGAUGCAGAGCAAGGGUUGGAUUCCUCAAAUCCCUGGAUGAGAGGCAAGCUCUCUGAAGAUCCCACAGAGAAAAAGAUGAGUGACAUUGUGGAUCCUGUGGCAGCAGGGGCUGGAGUGGUGGGAAAUAUAGCUGAAGAAGAAGAGGAUGAGGAGGAAGUGGAGGAUACAGAAGAGGAAGCACUCCUCAGAGAGUUUGACAGCAGGAGGAAACUGCGUCACGCCCAGAAGACUGACACAGUACCUGUAAUAUGUGUGGAUAAUGAGGAAGAAACGGUUGAGGAAAAUAAAGCUGCAGCAGAGGACCUAAAUGCUUCAGACAAAGAAGAGGAGGAGCUUUCAGAGUUCACAAGCCUUUUCAAGGGAAUAGCUGAAGCGGAAAACAUAGAGGCAGCAGCAGAUGCAAGCCACAUGGAUACUUCAGCACAGCUAGAAGAAGGGCUGAUGAGGAUCAGGACUCUGGAGGAUGUGGAGCUCCUCAGUGAGAAGUCAGCCACUGAUAAAGUACCUGUUCAACCCCAGCCACCCCCAGCCACAGAAAACUUGCCAUCGGCAACUCAAAAAGCAGGCAAAAACAAAAAAAGGAAAAGAGGGAUUGAGCUGCAAGAAGCUCUCACCAGAGAGGCAAAAGUCAUUCAAAUCCCACUCGCUCUGACAGUUGAGGACACAGAGGACUCAGAUGAAAAGCUGGAUCAGAGGGGGCUCAUUAAAGAGGCCUUUGCUGGAGAUGAUGUCAUCUCAGACUUCCUUAAGGACAAGAGGAAGGCAGAAGAUGCAGGGGAGCCUAAGGUGGUGGACCUGACGCUACCUGGGUGGGGGGAGUGGGGAGGGACAGGCCUCAAGCCGUCCCGCAACAAACGUAGGAGGUUCAGGACCAAGACCACACCACCUCCACCCAGGAAAGAUCAGCAUCUGCCCAGCGUCAUCAUCUCAGAGAAGAAAAACAGCUCCAUUAGCCUUCACCAGGUGAAUUCACUGCCUUUUCCCUUUGAGAACCACGCACAGUUCGAGAACACCAUCCGCUCUCCCAUGGGCCGCACCUGGAAUACAGAGCGGACAGUUAAAAAGAUCACCAGGCCCAAGGUGGUCACCCAAUUGGGUGCCAUCAUUGAGCCCAUGGCUCAGGAGGAGCUGAUGAAGGACAAGAAGCUGGUGUCUGCUGGGAAUAAAAGUAGUGUGGAUUCAUGGAAAAGAAAACAUUAGCAACAAAUAAUUAUCGUGAAAUUAUCAAAAGUAAAUAAGGGUGAUAGUAUGUCUCCAUUAAACAACUUCUCUGUUGACAUUCUGUGUGGGUGUGUAUGGGAUGAUGAUCAGUUUUCUUUAAUCUGUAUUGUGAGAAUAUUUCAGCAUUUAGGGAGCUGAAAUUAUGUACCUCUACUAUACUUGAUAUAAUGUGUUAAAUGUGUAAAAUCUAAGUAGUUUUGAAGUCUUGAAAUAAAUUCUACCUUUGGAGGUAAA